CCCCCCCCCCCCCCCCCCCCCCCCCCCCACAUGGCCUGGCGGCUCGCCCUCUCCAAGGCUGGAAGGCGGUCGUCGAGUGUGAUCUACAAUGAGCUAACGAGUACAAGUGCUUUCAGGACACCUGCAAAUGGCACCGGUGGAGUUCUUAAGGCGCUGCAAGAGAGGUACCGAUCAAGCUACGUCGGUAGCUUCGCGCGUAGGCUACGGGACUUUGACACGCCAAGUGACGCCUCCCUUCUUAAAGAGAUCUACAGAAGUAACCCAGAAAGAGUCGUCCAGAUCUUCGAGAGCCAGCCUUCCUUACAUAACAACUCUUCGGCUCUCUCCCAGUAUGUGAAGGCUCUUGUCGCUCUCGACAGGCUGGAUGAAAGCCCGCUGCUUAAGACAUUGCAGAGAGGAAUUGUCAAUUCAGCAAGGGAGGAAGAAGGGCUUAGUGGCAUCCCAGCAUUUCAAAGUGUUGGCCGUACGACGAAAGAUGGGGCUCUUGGUACUGCUGGUGCACCAAUUCACAUGGUUGCAUCAGAGACUGGCCAAUUCAAGGAGCAGCUUUGGCGUACCUUCCGAAGCAUUGCACUCACUUUCCUAGUAAUCUCCGGCAUCGGGGCUCUGAUUGAAGAUAGAGGAAUUAGUAAAGGCCUUGGAUUGCAUGAAGAGGUUCAGCCAAGCUUGGAUUCGAGCACAAAAUUCAGUGAUGUCAAGGGGGUUGAUGAAGCUAAAGCUGAACUCGAGGAAAUAGUUCACUACCUACGAGAUCCCAAGCGUUUCACACGCCUUGGUGGCAAGCUUCCAAAAGGCGUUUUGCUUGUCGGCCCACCCGGGACAGGGAAAACCAUGUUGGCAAGGGCCAUCGCUGGGGAAGCUGGUGUUCCUUUCUUCUCCUGCAGUGGCAGUGAGUUUGAGGAGAUGUUUGUGGGUGUCGGGGCGAGAAGAGUGAGGGAUCUCUUCAGUGCAGCAAAGAAGAGAUCUCCUUGUAUAAUUUUCAUUGAUGAAAUUGAUGCAAUUGGUGGGAGCAGAAACCCAAAAGAUCAACAGUAUAUGAAGAUGACCUUGAACCAGUUACUUGUUGAGCUGGAUGGCUUUAAGCAGAAUGAUGGGAUCAUUGUAAUUGCAGCAACAAACUUCCCCCAGUCACUAGAUAAAGCCCUUGUUAGGCCUGGGCGUUUUGACCGUCAUAUCGUGGUCCCUAACCCAGAUGUUGAGGGCCGACGGCAGAUCCUGGAGACUCACAUGUCAAAGGUGUUAAAAGCAGACGAUGUGGAUCUGAUGACCAUUGCCAGGGGAACACCUGGAUUCUCAGGUGCAGACCUUGCAAACCUGGUGAACGUGGCUGCUCUCAAGGCUGCCAUGGAUGGAGCGAAAUCUGUUUCAAUGACCGACCUCGAGUUUGCCAAGGACAGGAUCAUGAUGGGCAGCGAGCGCAAAUCAGCAGUGAUAUCCGACGAAAGCAGGAAGAUGACUGCAUACCAUGAGGGAGGGCAUGCGCUGGUCGCGAUACACACGGCCGGUGCCCACCCUGUCCACAAGGCCACCAUUGUUCCCAGGGGAAUGGCUCUGGGCAUGGUCACGCAGCUGCCAGAGAAGGACCAGACCAGCGUGUCUAGGAAGCAGAUGCUGGCAAGGCUGGAUGUCUGCAUGGGAGGGCGGGUGGCCGAGGAGCUUAUAUUUGGGGAGAGCGAGGUAACGUCGGGCGCUUCGUCCGACCUGAGCCAAGCGACCCGGCUGGCCAAGGCCAUGGUGACCAAGUACGGCAUGAGCAAGCGCGUGGGCCUCGUGGCCUACAACUACGACGACGACGGCAAGACCAUGAGCACGCAGACGCGGGGCCUGGUGGAGCAGGAGGUGAAGGAGCUGCUGGAGACGGCCUACAACAACGCCAAGACGAUCCUCACGACCCACAACAAGGAGCUGCACGCGCUCGCCAACGCCCUCAUCGAGCGCGAGACCCUCACUGGCGCCCAGAUCAAGAACCUUCUGUCGCAGGUAAACAGCAGCAGUGACACCCAGCAGCCCCAGGCCGCCGAGGUUCCACAGCAAACACCUGCUGCCCCAGCCUCGCCCCAGUCUCCAGCAGCAGCGGCUGCGGCCGCUGCAGCAGCUGCAGCACAGCAAGCGGCGGCUCAAGCCAAAGGAGUCGCAGGCAUCGGGUCCUAGCCUCGCCGGGCAACCCCAUUAAUUAGCAUGCCGUUUUUUAUGGACAACAGGGCAAAUUCUUAGCUGCCGCUGAAGAGAGCAUCCGUACUCUAGUAAUUUAGCUAGUUGGGAGUACAAUUUAUAUGUGUUCCUGGCUGUUGGUAUGAUGCAGCCUGAAGAAGAAGAAGAUCCGUUCAUGGCAGGGGAUCCGCUGAUUCAUGUCAAUUAGAUUUUGUAAUCUCUGCAUCAAUUAGACCUCUUAUCAUUUGAUCGUUGCGGCGCAUCUCGUAUGUGUGUCGCAAUCUUGGAUAAGUUGUAACGUGUCGGUUAUACAACGGUUUAGACGUCCACCUUGUUCUUGCCGUGGCAACAUUUUUCGAUGUUAAAAGCUCACCAGGAAUGGCAUGGCAUUGUAGACCAUCGCCUGGUACUCUGUUGUUUCCUUUCUAUAUCUGCAUGGAAAUUGAUUCUUGAUGCAAUUGCAUCAGGUUCUUGCU